UCACUCUCUAGAGUAGAGGAUCACUACUAAUGCGCACAUAUUCAGUAAAGACGGUAUCACAAAAUCAAAGACGAGUAGCAAGGACAUUGUUGGCAAUUGUUAUUCGAGAACAAACACGCGACGUAUACUUGAAUUCGAAUAAAGUCUGAUUUCCUAACAAAGAAGGAGAAUGGACGAAGUAUUGGGUACGUUGAAUAAAAUACUAAUUGCAACGUCCAAACAUCAGGAGCUGGUGAGCGAGUAUGAAACAUUACGGGCAGAUGAAGAACGAAUAAAAUUCACUCUGGACGUUAUGUCAAAGUACAAAAUAUUUCCUAAAGAACAAUGCGAUUCAAAGGACGCGAAACAGUCCGAGAAAUUCAGGCAAGAGGGUAACAGGUUAUUCGUCUCUACACCACUCACCAAUAAUACUUGUGUCGAGGUGCACAAGCUUUAUACCAAGAGCGUAGCUUACGCUCCUUGUCCGUCCCAAAAUCUCGCUUUGGCUUACGCCAACAGGUCAGCCAUUUUGGUAAAACUGCACAAGUACGAAAUGAGUUUGCAGGACAUAGAUAGAGCAUUGACGCUUACGUGUCCGGAUAACGUACGUGCCAAGCUUUGCGUUAGGAAAAUAGAAUGUCUAAAUGCUCUGAGGGAUCCCAAAGUAAAGAAUUCUAUCGAAGAGGCUCGCUGUUCGUUAGAAGGACUGUGCCUAGAUGAUACCCUUAGAAAGAAAUUCAUCGAGCAGCUCGAUUCUAUGAAAAUGGCAAGGAACGUAAGGAAGCGAGGCGAUCUGAAACAGCCACCGGUUCCCGAGAUAAAUAAUCGUAACGUCGAAGUCCCUUGUGCAUCUGACGCGGUAAGGAUAGAGUAUAACGAAGAAUACGGCAGACACGUCGUGGCUACGCGCGACAUAAAGCCCGGAGAAGUGGUCGUCGUAGAAAAACCGUACUCGCUGAUGUUGACGUAUGAAAAUGUUUAUUCGCAUUGUUCCAAUUGCUUAGAAGUGUCUUGGGCCAAUAUACCUUGCGAUCACUGCACUUUCUCCAUGUACUGUUCGGAAGACUGUAAAACAACGCAUUGGAAAAAGUAUCACGACAUCGAAUGCGCGGUAUUCCCUUUCGUAUGGAAGAUGGAUUCUUCUAAUUUGGACUUGUGUAGCGUAAGACUGACCAUACAAGCUGUACGGGAAUUCGCGAGUAUAGAAGAAUUAAGGAAGGAAUUGAUCCAAGUCGAUAAUUGCGAUGAUCCUCGAACAAAAGGUUUCUCCAACGACGGUAUCUUUGCUAGCGACAAGUAUAGAAGCGUGUUAAGCCUCGUGACCAACACUGAGAAACGUUCCGUGCGGGAUCUGUUCAGGAGAUCUUUAGAUUCAUGUUUUAUAUUGUGGUAUCUAGCCACUCGAACUAAUUUAUUUGGAAAUCUAUUGGAGAGAGAUCUGUCGGCCUUGACAGACAAUAACGAUGCCGUAUUCGUCGGCAGUCUCGUAUUGAGGCAUCAACAAUUGAUCCCUAGUAAUGGUCACACCUUUACCGAAGAACGUGGAUUAGAAGAAGCGGCUCGACGCGGCUUCGGAAUUAUGCCAUUUUUGAGUCUAAUGAAUCACAGUUGCAGCCCGAAUAUUUCUAGGGACUGUACGUCCAAGCACAUAGUAGUACGUGCCAUGUACCCCAUUAAAAGAGGUGAACAGCUGUUCGAGAACUAUGGCCCACAUUUCGCUCUCACGCCUAAAGACGCGAGACAAACUGAACUUUUAAAACAGUAUUACUUUAAAUGCAACUGUAUACCGUGUCAAGAAGACUGGCCACUCUAUUAUAAUCUGAAAUCGUACAAAGAAUUGGCCAAGACGAAAGCAGACGAGGCCAAGAUUAGCCAUGUGUUACGGAAAUUCGGUGCGUACGUCGAUCUCGCGAUGGUAGGAGAUAUGUUAGACAAACAUGUUGUCGACGACUUGUUAAAAAUGAUUCAAGUGAUACACGAUCUGGUGCCAAUGCCCUGCGAGGAAAUGAGCCACGUCGUGGAAACGCUGAAACGAGUUUAUGGUUUGAACGGAAACAGAUAUGACGUGCCAAAGCUUUGAGUUUUUGAUGAACCACCAAUAUACAAAGAACUAUAAAUGUUGCGUGUGCAAAUAUAUUCAAUGUACAUUAAAUGUAAUUCAAUGUAAAUUAAAUAUACAUCCAAUAAAUAAAUGUUACAUGA